GUCAGCCGGCGUUUCAUGCUUCGCCCCCCCGGUGAGAGACACUGGUUCGACAUGUGUGAUAAAAACCUCUGCGGUAUUGAUGGCUGAUUUUAAUUUAUUAUUCGGUCUCUUAGUCGUCUCCAUUUUCUCUGUUCACAAAUGUGUGGAAAACAUCUUUCUAUCAUUUGCCCUUUCUUUUUGGUCAAAGAUUUAAUGCGUUUUCAAAAAAUGUGAGGAGAUAAUAUGAAAUUUUCCUCAUGUUUUCCAAAUGUAAUUUAUAAGGACUCGAGGCCUUAUAAAUUACUUGUGCGUUCAUGUGGAGUCGGUUGAAGGGUUUCACAAAGUUGUGUAGGAAAACCUGCUACCAAAGCACAUUGUAACUGUUUACCAGUGCACUAGGUGCCUUCCCUGUCACACCCAACAUAGUGGAUUGUGAGGGGGGAAAAUAGCAGUUAUACAUGAUCUCUUCACAAUUUCACAUCCAGGUGUUAAGGCCAGGGAGUGUACUUGACCCGCCGGGGCAGUAACAGUACAGCGUUAGCUAAUAAACAGGGCACAGCCACAGUCCACCUAAAGAUUGUCAUACUCCACUUUUGAAAUAUGUUCAAACCAAGCAUGAGUUUCAUGGCUGUCCGACACAUUCUUCAUUGCCGCAUAAAAACUCUGAUCUGAGGGAGCGUUAGUCAACGCAAAGAGAACCUGGGAGAGCAGCUGUUCCUCUGUCAACUGAAAAAAUAAACAAACACCCCCUGGCAUUUUUAAUUUCUUUUAUCAAAUCAUGAGGGCUGCAUCUUACACCCAGAAGAGCCUGCAGGUCAGCGGCUCCAGCGGCAGAGUGAGGGUUCAGAGCCCGUCACCUUCCCGGUGCCGCGGCUCCUCAUAUGACGACCGCGGACGCGCCGGUCACCGCAGCACCGCCGUCGAGGUGGGCACGCAGAUGCAUCAGCAGCAUGCCAACGAGAAAGAGGAGAUGCAGGAGCUCAACGUCAAGUUUGCGGGAUACAUCGACAAGGUCCAGGCGCUAGAGCAGAGGAACGCCGCUCUUCGAGCCGAGCUGGCGGCGCUGCAGAGCCGCUACAAGGGGAGCCCCACGGGCAUCGGAGAGGAGUAUGAGCUCAAGUUUAGAGAGGUGCGGGAGCUGAUUGAGACCCUGACCAACGAGAAGGGAGCAGCCGACGUUGAGCGAGGCUACAUCGAAGAAGAGGUCGAAGUGUGGCGGCUAAAGCUGGAGGAGGAGCUGGAGCUCAAAGCAGAGGCCGAGAUGAUCCUGAGGGAGUUUCGCCAGGAUGUUGACAGUGCCACGCUGCAGAAGGCGGAGCUGGAGAAACACAUAGAGCAACUGGUGGCCGAGCUCGAGUUCCUCAAAAAGCUGCACGAUGAGGAAGUGGCUGACCUCAUGAAGCAGAUUGAGGACGCAAAGAUCACCGCAGAGCUGGACGGCGAUCGGCCCGACCUGGCCGCUUAUUUGCGCACCAUGCGCGCCGAGAUAGAAUCGGUCGCCGCCCGCAACGUCCAGGAAGCUGAAAAAUGGUACAAGAGCAAGUUCGACACCCUCAAGGAGCACGCCGGCAAACACGAGGAUCAAAUGAAGACCAUGAAGGACGAGAUCACGACCUUCCACAGCCAAGUGUCUGAGAUGCAGAACCAGAUUGAUGGAAUGAAGGCUCGCAACGGAGCCCUGGAGCAGCAGCUGGACGACAUGGAGAUGUCCCACAUGGAUAAGGUGGGGAGCCUCCAGAGUGUCAUUGCUCAGUUAGAGGCCCAGCUAUGCGAAACCAAACUAGAGAUGACAAAGUAUCUCCAAGACUACCAGGAGCUGCUGCACAUUAAGCUCAAGCUGGAUGCCGAGAUCGCCACCUACAGGAAGCUGCUGGAAGGGGAGGAGCACAGGCUUGGGAUCGCCAAAGCUGUCUGACGCAGCAACAGAGAAGACGAGCAGAGAGUUACAGAGUGGAGAGAUCAGCUCAUACCCGAUUAAAUGACCAUGCCAUUUCACCCAUACUUUUCCCUCCUUAUUCCAGCGUGUGGGUCUUGUUUGAGAUUUUUCUCAAACGGGAACCGUUUUGAUGCAUAUUUGAGCUUCAGGACAGAUGUCAAAAUGACACUCAUCUUGGAACUUUACUUUGGAAAUUUGAACUUUUCGUUUCAACAAACAAGGGUGGUUUUUUAAUCUAAUGUAAAAAAACAAAUCUGUCUAAACACAUGUUUGUUUUAUGAGAACGGUGCCCCGAUGUUUUCAAACUGCCAAAAUAAUGAUUCAAAAACGUAAAACCUACCCUAGUGAGAUGCCCACCCUGUGAAUCAAAUGUCAGUUAGAAUUCUCUGAUCAAAAAUGAAGGAAACAAGAUUACCUGUCUGACAAAUCCAUCUCUCCGAAUAAGACUAAUAUUGGACACUCAGGCUGAGGACAAAUUCUGUCUUACCACCUUACUGUCCUUCCUGUACGUUACCCCAUCACCUUCCAUAUAACGUCUACUUUCCUCCCAGUCUGCCGUACAUUUUACAUAAUUUCGCAGCCCUAGCCUGCUACUUCCAGCCUUCCCGUGGAUCCUGUUUUAAAGCCUUCAGUUCUCUCGACUUUUUUCCCCCCUAAAACCUCCAUCUUCUGUUUGCCGCCGCGUCUUCUCUGAUUAAGCUUUAGGAUCCCGAAAACAGCAUUGUCCUGCUGUGACGUUUCACAUCUCAACCCAAACAAAGCAGUGUUUUGCUUUGUCUUCACAGUUCGCCACUGAUUAUUCAAAGUGUUUUGACAGGACUCAUUUAUUGACUAAUGUUGACCAAUUGUUACAUAAUACAUACUGCAAAAAGUAUAUAAUAAAGAUUGAAGUGAGUGCAUUCAAAAUAACUGAUCUUUUAU